AUGACACUCAUCUGGGGGGAUGCAGAGGACCGCGGUCUUCUGCUCGUCGUCGGCCGAGAUCACGACAUCCCGGUCCAGCCGCGCCCGGCCGUCUCCGGUCCCAGCCCGCCCAAGCAGCAGAGGUUGUGCGGCGGAAGGGAGCCUCGACGGCAUCUCCGCGAGGGACCUCAGGAGCACACGAUGGGCGCUCCGGUAGGUAACCUCCCAUCCCGUCCGCUCAAGCCAGGGGCGGAGCUCCGGGUAGGCCGGUUUCGCAUUGAGCGCGGCCAUCGCCCUCUCGUCUGCGAUGCUCUGGUUGUGCUGCCGUGCUCGACGGUACAGCUCCCCCAGGUGAUGAAAGGCCUCCUGGUCCUCUACCGGACGCGUCUCGUUGCCGUCCUCGCAGACCACCCAGUACCGCCCCUCCGGAGGGUUGCGUAUCCAGGCUUGCAGGUACACGGGCAGGAACGUGGCAAGCGGUCUGGCCCCCGGCGGCCUUGCAGGCGAAGCCUUCGAGCUUCCGUAGAUACGGAUCCGGUCGGGACCGAUCUGGGCGGAGAGGCACCGCAGCAGGCGUGUGAGACGGCUCCGCAGGUCGUUUGGUACAUCGUGUUUCCGCUUGAGGUGGUUGCUCACCUGCUCGGCCCUUGGGGAAAGGCCGACGAGACAUUCCGGACGGGCGCAGACGAGGACCUGGGCCACGGGGUCAAUAACGAGUUGCAACAAACGCAGAAGCUCUCCUUCGUCCAUAGCGCGCCGCGCGUCAUUCGAGCCACAGGGGUCCGACGGCCGGUUUGUGUGAACCAGUCAGCGCUGGCAGCAGUUGGACAGCCGCGGCAGCAAUCCGGCCAAAGCAUCAUACGGCAAAUCUACGACUUGGCCAGGCUACACCGACAAAGAGGGAACUCGGUCAACUUUCUGUGGAUACCAGCGGAGAUUGACUUCGCGCUGGGGUCAGAUGCCAAGGCAGCAGCCCAGAGAGCGUCGAAGCAAGGACGCACACCCGACUCCCAAAUACCCCAGGCCAAGUCUACCGCGAUGAGGCUGGCAAUGGAAAGACAACGGGCGACAAGAGUUCUACCUGUAAGCGUGGGCAAGUUCUCAAAGGCCAUGGACGCAGCACUACCAGGCAAGCACACGCGCCAUCUCUAUGACAAGCUGAAGCGAAGGGAGGCCUGCGAUUGGGGCGGUCGAGUCAGACCUUUGUGCCUGUGGACAAGCGAGGGAAUCAGUGGAACACUUUCUUUUCCGAUGCGUGAGAUGGACAGCUCUGAGGGAAGACAUGCUGCAAUGCACAGUGGCAAGACGAGGAAGCCUCUCGUUCUAUCUGGGAGGGAAAGCGCCAUCAGAUACAAGGCAUUGGUCACCAGAUAUGAAGGCAGUCCGGGCGACGAUCAAAUACGCAAUGGCAACAGGAAGGCUGGAGCUGAAUGA